AUGUCCUCGAACCCAGACAAGGAGGUUGUGCUCGUAACAGGGGCAACCAACGGUAUCGGUCUAGACACCGUCAUUUAUAUCGCAUCUGCAUCUCCAAAGUACCAUGUCAUAAUCGGCGCGCGCAACAUGUCGAAAGGCGAAACAGUCUUGAAAGAUGUGCAAGCCAAGGCAGGCAUCCAAGGCACACUCUCCCUAGUGCAACUCGAUGCCAACGACGACGAUUCUAUCAAAGCUGCGGUCAAGAAGAUUGAGGAGGACUUCAGCAAGCUCGAUGUGCUUAUUAACAACGCUGGUAUAUGUCCCGAAAGAGACGGCACAUGGCCGGACCGGGAGCUGAUGCGCACCACGUUCGAAACCAACGUCUUUGGCCCUACCAUCCUCACAGAAGCCCUCAUUCCCGCAAUGAAGCGCUCAUCCAAUCCGCGCAUCAUCAACGUGUCCUCUACUAUGGGUAGCAUCACUUUGAUCUCCGAUCACAGCUCUCCCUACGCCCAGGUUAAAUACCCCGGAUAUCGCAUGACUAAAGCUGCGCUCAACAUGUUGACGGCAUACCAGUACGUCCAGCUCAAGCCGGAUGGCUUCAAGGUCUGGACGUACUGCCCAGGCUAUGUGGUGACGGACAUAGGAGACGACAAAGAGCAAAGAAAGGAACAAGGCCUUGAGAGUUCAGAGACGAGUGCGCUAGGACUGUUACAAAUUGUGCAAGGCGAGAGAGAUGCUGAUGUAGGAGGAUUUGUCGGCAGAUAUGGACAGAACAUGGGUGCGAUGGCGUAUAAAGGUCGGGCCUUGUUGCUCGCGGUCUUUGUGUUUGCUUUGUGCGUCUUCACCUUGAACACAGACUUCAAUUCAGAAGGAAAGAGCAACAUGUUGGGAUCAUUGGCAUCUGCGAGCUUAAUGCUGUUCGCUCAAAGCGCACUGGCAUCCAAGUCUGACAUCCGUUUCAACCAUAUUCAAGUCGUCGGAACGCACAACUCCUACCAUCGUGAAGUCUCACUCGCCGAGCGACCAGUCUUUGAGAAAUACGUACCGUCUCCAGAAGACUACUACUACUCGCACGCAGAGCUCGACAAUCAAUUGGAGUACCAGUCGGUGCGCUCUUUCGAGCUCGACUUACAUUCGGAUGCAAAGGGCGGCCUGUACUAUCCCCCUGUCAUAUGGACGCUAUCAAACUUGACAAACGCCACCACUCCUUACAAUGGUGACAUUCUGAAGAAGCCAGGUAUCAAGGUGUUCCACGUCACAGACUUCGACCCCGAUUCUGUCUGCCACACCUUCAUCGACUGUCUCAAGCAGUUGAAGAGUUGGUCAGACGCAAAUCCGAGACACGUCCCUAUCACUAUUGAUCUCGAGCUCAAGACCGAUGCGCCGGCAUGUUCGUUAGGCGGUGUCUGCCCUGGCGAAGCGACAAACUGGACGCUCCCUCGCCUCUUGAACGUCGACGCGGAGAUCCUCUCCGUAUUCCCUAAGAAGCAACUCAUCCGCCCCGACGACGUGCGCAAGAGUGGCCUCACCCUCGAGCAAACCAUCCUGCAACAAGGCUGGCCGAAGCUGAAGGACGUUCGCGGCCGCCUUCUGUUUUUCUUCGAUAACGACCCGAAACCCAGUGACCCCAACUCGCCUCGCGAGCUCUACAAAACCGGCGCCCCCUCGCUACAAAACCGCACUGUCUUCACCAAUGCGCUCGAAGGAUCUUCCGAUGCUGCAUUCAUCAAAUACAAUGAGCCGCGCGCCAACGGCAUAGCAGAGAUCCAGCGUCUUGUCAAGAAGGGCUACUUGAUCCGAACACGUGCUGAUAUACCCAUCGAUACCAUCUUGAACCGCACUACAGAGAUGAGGGAUUUGGCUUUUGAGAGUGGUGCGCAAAUUGUUAGUACCGAUUUCCCGGCUUGGGGCAUGAGCAGUCGAUGGGGUUGGGAUUAUGUCGCCAGGCUUCCCGGAGGAUUGGCUGCGAGAUGCAAUCCUCUUAUCGCACCGGAAGGCUGCAAGGACAAAGAUCUGGAGUAG